CGCAGAACGGGGAUAUUCCUUCCCGUGUUCCAGUGUGGGAUUCUUCUCCCGCUGGAUACCCGGGGGGGUGGUUUGGAGGGACGGCGUCUCGAACCCGGGGCUCAGGGGUCGGUCCUCCAACCAUAGAGAGGUGCGGCUCGAGCGGCGGCGCGGGCGCCGCCAGACCAUCGAGAGGGAAGCGGGAGAGAGCGGCUCCGCCCUCACGGUCCGCGCCCUCGCCCGUAGCGCCCCCGUGCGGGCGAGCGCGGCGGCGGCGGUUCCCAUGGAGAUGGAAGAUGGCGCCCAGGGGCCGCCAUCGCUCCUCGGCUCCGCUGCAGGUCCUGCUCUUCCUCAACGGGUGGUACUGCGCCACAUAUUUUCUCCUGGAAGCGUUCGUGUUUGUGUACAAAGGGCUGCUCCUGCCCUAUCCCGUCUCCAACUUGGUGCUGGACGUGGUGCUGCUCCUCCUCUACCUCGGCAUUGAGGCCACACGCAUCUUCUUCGGCUCCAAGGGGAACCUGUGCCAGCGGAAGGUGCCGCUGUCCCUCAGCCUGGCACUUACAGUGCCAGCAGCUGUGCUGGCCGUGUACUACCUGCUGAUUCAGACAUAUUCCCUGCGCCUGGAAGCGUUCCUGAGCGCCAUCCUGCUCCUUUUCUACAGCCUGGAGCUGUUCCUGGGCUUGCUGGCACUGCUCUCCUUCUCCAGUGCGGAUCCCUACUGAGGACAUGGCACAGGGACACAGGGAAGCAUCACCCAUGAGAGUUCCACUUCCCAGCCCCUGGAAGGGGGAGGAUCCCACCUCUCCCACUGCCCAUUUCACCUGCUGUCACCUGAACACAUCCAUCCCACCUUUGUUGCUUCUACGUGGACACAUCCCUUCCAUUUUUCCUGCUUCCCACUUUACCACAGACAUGCUGCUACACAGAUUCAUCUCUCCCAUUUCCCACUUCCCACUUUACUCACUCCCCACCUGGACAGAUCCCUCUCACCUUUCCCACUCUCCACUCCACUUGGACUCAGAGCUUGAGCCAGCUCAAGGUAUGAAGAAUCCUUUCUUUUUCCUACAACCUUCCAGAAUAAUUCACUGUUUUCCAAUAAAUAUUUAUUUUUACCUGGUGCCCAGGAAUGUGGGUCCACCUGGGAAUGCUCAGGUGCUUCCAGCACCUCAGAGCUGAUUAGGAGCCCAUUGGAGGAGGAAGAGGGUGAGGGACAACGGGUGCAGAGAUUUCCCCAAAUCCCUCCCAUUCCCUCAUUACCCCAAAUCUCACUAUAGGAAGGCAACAGGAGCACUGUAUAAAAGACUGACAAUGUCAUCCGAGUUUAUUACACAAUUCCAACCUAUCCAAAGACAAAUCUAAUCACUGCGAGCAGGAGGGGCGGCGCCUCGCCGGGGCUUCCAGGGAUUUGCUCUGCAAUUUGG